AUGGCCAACUAUCAGGCACCCGCGGCGGCUCGGGGGGGGGGGGGGGGCGGGCGCGUUCCGCUGCGGGCACACCUGGGCCCCCGCCCCGACUCCGCGCGGGGGCUCGGCUCGCUCCCACCCGCCCCGGCCGCCUACCUGGCCGGGCGCCGGGCCCGGAGCUCGUCCCCCUCGUGCAGCGCCUCACCGCGCACGGGCAGGCGAGCUCCCCGCGCCGCGCCCCUGCCGCUCGGCCGGUUCCGCCCGCCGCGCUCCGCGCAGAGCUACGGCGUCGCCAUGACGACAGGGCGGUGGCUGCGGGUGCGGCGCGAGGUGGGAGGUGCGGCGCGGGUUACUGGGGGCAGGGGGCGCCGGAAGUGCCCCCGCGCGUCCCCGCACGCGGGGCAGGGCCCCGCGCCCACUAGUGCCCCGCUCUCGGGACCGGCCCCCGCCGGAUCCCGGGGCCAGACCUUGACGCCGCGCAAAGGGAGAUGCGGCGCGGCGCGCUGAGGGGCGACAGCCGCGGCCACCGCGACCCCGGCCUUCUGGACCCGAGCUCGGGUAACCUUCGAAAUCCGGGCCUCGCGACCCGGGGCGCGUUCAGGGGCGGAAGGAGGUCUGCGACCCGAGAUCACAAGUAGGCAGAGAGGC